AUGAUAAUUGAAGGAUUUAAAAUGUUACAAGAUGCUAAUUCAUUAAGUCAUGCAUUAAAUUAUUAUAUUCAUUUUAUAUCACCGAUUUUGAAUCCAAUGGAUCAAUAUUAUUAUAAUGUGGAUAAUAUUCAGCCGAUUGAAAUUGUUACUACGAAUCCCAAUACUGAAGAAGAUGAAUAUGAUAUUCAAGUCAACAACGAUAAUAAUAAGUACAAGUAUAAACAGGUGACUAAAAUUUCAAUAACCAUUGAAAAGGGAUUAGAUUUACAUUCAUUAAUAAAAUAUUCUCAAAAUAAUAGUAUUAUUUUCUUACUUAUGCUAUCAUUAGGAUCAAUGUAUUUAUACAAGUUAAACACCGAUCAAGGAACUAAAACUGGUAAUGCUCAACAAUGGUUAAAUAAUGCAAGAUAUUUCCAAUAUUUAGCCUUGAAAAGAAUUCAACCAAUAAUUGAACAAUUAAUCAAUCAAGAAGAAGAAAACAUUAAUGGGAAAUUUGGAGUUGAUUUAUUGAUUUCAUUAGUAUUAUUAAUCUUGUAUGAAUUUUCAAAUAAUUGUAAUAAAAAUUGGACAAUUUAUUUAAAAUUAAGUAAAAAAUUACUUACUUCAACAAAAUUUGAAAUUCCCCAAAAAAAAUCAAUUAAUUCAUUAGAAUAUUCAAUAUUGAAAUUUUGUUUACAAUUUCUUGAUUAUCAAGAAUCAAUGGGAAGAACAGCUUGUAAAGAUGUUAAUUUAUUUUUCCUUGAUUAUGCCCAAGAUGAAGAAGAAGAGGAAGAAGAAAAAUCUAUAGAACAACAAAAACAAAUUGAUGGAACUUCAAAUAUUAUUGUAGUUUAUAAAAAUGUCAAUUUGAUUAGUUGGAUGGGAUGUGAUAAACAAUUAAUGUCAAUUAUAUCUGAUAUCACUGAUUUAUCAUUUGAACGAUUUAAAAAAUCGAUAAAUGAAAUUGAUUAUAAUUUAUUAUGUCAAGAUAUGCAAAAAAGAUUAAAUGAUAUGAAAUUAAAUAUUAAUAUACCUGAUCAUCAACAAUCCACAGAAAUUGUUAAAGAUAAUAAAGGGAAUACUAAAGAAAUUACAAAUUUUUUAUUAUCUUGUGAAGUGAAAAGAUUAUCUACAGAAUUAUAUCUUCAAUGUUGUUUAUUAAAUCAAACCCCAGAAGAUGAAAUAGUCUAUCAUUUAGUAUUUGAUAUUUUCACCAAAUUAGAAUAUUUAAUAUUAAAUCAAUCUGAGAAUUCUACUACUAGUGUUGGCAAUGGGAAUAGUUAUAGUUUUUAUCUGAGUUUAAUAUGGCCAAUAUUUAUGGCAGCAUCAGAAAUUUCUACAAUUAAUGAAAAUUGUGAAUCAUUAAGAUAUUUAACAUUACAAAUUUUUGAUAAAUUAGAAUCAAAUACUUUAGGAAAUACUAAUAAAAUCAAACAAAUAAUUAUAAAUAUUUGGAAAAAACGAGAUUUAAUCAUUUCAACAAUUAAAGAUAAACCUACAAAUGGCAAAACUAAAGAUGAUGGAUUGAAAUCCAAGAGAAGAAAACGAUUAAUGGGAUUUGUCAAUGAUUGGGAGAAAUAUGUUGUUGAAGAAGAUUAUGCCAUUGCCUUGACAUAG